GUUGCUGCUCGCUUCACUCCUCCUCUCCUCUCCUCUCCUGUCGUCUCGUCUCCCGCUUGGCGCUGUUCGUAUUUAGCCCUGCUGCUCCUCGUCCUGCGCUGAGUUCAUGUCUCGUUUCAGGCGGGGAGCUAAAGUAGACUCCAGGGCGGGAUUCAGGCAGGAGGAAGAGGGAUGUCCUGUGCCGAACGGGCUGCUGAAGUCCGCCAGAAAGAGCGGGCAGCUCAAUCUGUCUGGGCGCGGUCUGAGCGAAGUUCCCCAGAGCGUAUGGAGGCUGAACAUUGACCCACCUGAGGAAGCCCAGCAAAACCUGUCCUUCGCAGGGACAGACCGAUGGUGGGAGCAGACAGACUUGACCAAGCUUCUGCUGUCCUCCAACAAGCUGGAAACACUCUCUGAAGAUGUCAGGCUUCUGCCCGCCUUAGUUGUCUUGGAUAUUCAUGACAAUCGGAUCAGAACACUACCAGCAUCUCUAGGCGAGUUGGAGCAUUUGCAAAAACUCAUCCUGAGUCAUAAUCAGCUGACGGAGCUGCCUUUGGAGCUGUGGAAGCUGACAAACCUGAGAUGUCUUCACCUGCAGCAGAACCUACUAGAACAAUUGCCAGAAGACUUAGGACAGCUAUGUCAUUUGGAUGACCUCGAUCUCUCCAACAACAAAUUAAUCGCUAUACCGGACAGCCUGUCAAACCUCAACAACCUCGUAAAACUUAAUCUGUCCUUCAACAGUUUGAAGAGCCUGCCGGCCGCAAUCAGUGAGAUGAAGAACUUGAGAUUGCUGGACUGCUCUCGAAAUCACUUGGAGAGCGUGCCACCCGUUCUGGCCCAGAUGGCUUCUCUUGAGCAGCUGUACUUGAGGCACAACAAACUGCGCUUCCUCCCAGAGCUGCCUUCCUGCAAAACACUGAAGGAGCUCCAUUGUGGAAAUAAUCAGAUCGAGGAAUUGGAUGCGGCACACCUGAAGCACCUGAGCGCUCUGAGUGUUCUGGAGCUGAGAGAUAACAAGGUGAAGACACUUCCUGAGGAAGUAACUCUACUACAAGGCCUGGAGCGCCUGGAUCUGACUAACAAUGACAUCAGCAGUGUACCAUUUGGUCUUGGCACCUUGCCUAAGCUUACAUCUCUGGCCCUGGAAGGCAAUCCUCUGAGGACAAUCCGCCGAGAGCUCCUAACUAAAGGCACCAGUGAGCUCCUGAAAUAUCUUAGAAGUCGAAUACAAGAGCAGCCAGAUGGUAACCCCAAAGAUGAGCCCAAAACUGCAAUGACUCUCCCCAGCCAGGCCAGGAUUAAUGUACAUGCCAUCAAAACACUGAAAACAUUAGACUACAGUGAAAAACAAGAGGCUUCUAUACCUGAUGAUGUGUUUGAUGCAGUCAGUGACAGUCUUGUUACCAAUGUAAAUUUCAGCAAGAACCAGCUUACUGAAGUACCACUCAGGGUUGUGGAGCUGAAAGACACUCUAGCUGACAUAAAUCUUGGAUUUAAUAAGCUUUCUACAAUUCCUGUAGAGUUUUCCGAACUACAACAGCUUGUACAUGUAGACCUCAGAAAUAAUGUUUUGACAUCGCUGCCAAUGGAGCUGGAAGCUCUUAACAAGAUGCGGAGCAUUAUAUUGUCUUUUAAUAGAUUUAAGGCUUUCCCAGAUGUGCUGUACCGCAUCUUAACACUGGAGACAAUUUUAAUCAGCAACAAUCAAGUUGGAGCCAUCGAUCCUGUCCGUCUUAAGGCGCUGGACAAACUGUCCACUCUGGACCUGCAGAACAAUGACAUCAUGCAGGUGCCACCUGAGCUCGGCAACUGUACUAGUCUGAGGGCUCUCAUGCUUGAUGGAAAUCCUUUCCGUAAUCCUAGAGCUGCAAUUGUAGCUAAAGGAACAGAUGCCCUCCUCGAUUAUCUGCGAAGCCGUAUUCCUACCUGAAGUUACAUGAAGUCUUAACUACUACUACUGCCACAUUUUUCACCAUAAAACCACUUCUGCAGGAACACACGGACACAUCACUCUCAAUAGUGCCAUAAAAACGCUGGAGUCACAAUCUUUGCCAGGACUUUGUUAUAACUCAGUGUUUGUUUUGCAUGCCAUGGCUCAUGGCCUUAAUUCAAAAGCCCCCAGAAAUCACACCCUCACAAUUGUUUGAAAAUCCACUCUGAUCCAGCAUCCUCUGCCAAUUACUGUUUGUACUUUCUGACCAGCUGUACAAUAAAUGACAUUGCAGUGAUGA